AUGGGGGAAAGUAUAAAGCUCCCGACUUGGAGAAUUCAGAAGAAUUACAAAAGAAUUAGAGGUGGAGCUAGACUAAUAAGGGCCGAAAAUAUCAAGCAAUGCCAAAAGAGUUCUGUGAAGGUAACGAAGUCUGGCUACAAUGUCAAACCUUUAUUUAAAAAUAGGAAACCAAUUAAGCUUUGUACAUCAUUUGAGAAAACAUUAGAAUUGCAGCUGGAGAUUCUGUUGGUACCUGAAAAACUGGAGCUGCAAAAUUCUAGUGUUUGUUAUUCAAACUCAAGCCCAAUCUCCACACCAGAGAAGCCAAUAACUCCAAUCACUCCUCUGAACGACUGCCACUUCCACAAAGCAGAUGACAUUGAAUCUGCUCAGCCAACACUCUCUGACUAUGAUUCUUUCUUUUAUGGUGUGAAUUUCCUGAUUGAAGAUCAAGAACUUAUUUUUAAUUCAUUUAACUCACUAGCUACACCAACCGAAGUUGAUUCGUUUUCAAACCAGGCAGCACCCGCUAUGACAGAAACUUACGUGCCGACAAUUCAAAUGGGGUCUUCUGGCUCCUAUAAUGAGUUUGAAAAUCUAACAAUCAACCCACCGUUAUACCUCAACAAUUAA